UUUUAAGUGAAUAACUGUGUUGAAAAAAAAAUACAACUUUAUAUGGAUUAACCCAAAAUUGAUUCAAAAUGAAUUAAAAAGGAUUAACAAGACGACUUUUCAACUGCCCUCAAUCCACCGGAAUUUAACAUCUUCUCCAUAACAAAUGAUAACCACAGUAGAACAAGAAAGCGGUAGUGAUACAAACGCAACCCAUUUAACAACUGAUGAACUUGAUGUUAUCAAUCAGAGUGUAGAGCUUCAGUGUCUUGUUCAGGAACACGUUGAAUAUUCAUUGCAUGGUAAUUCUACGGAAUUUUGCUCGACAUCAUUUGACUCCAUUUUGUGUUGGCCUCGGACACCACGGGGGACAUUAGCCGAAUUACCCUGUCUCGAUGAGUUUCAAGGGAUUCAAUAUGACAGUACACAAAAUGCCACCCGCUUUUGCUAUCCCAAUGGAACAUGGGAAAAAUAUACAAACUAUGACCUCUGUCUUCACCUGCCCGCCCCAUCAUCAGUACCAGAAUUCGAUCCAAUCAUCGAAUUGCCAACUAUCAUUUAUUACGUAGGAUACACCAUCAGUCUGGUGUCUUUGACACUGGCAGUUAUAGUUUUUAUAUAUUUUAAAGAAUUACGAUGUCUGCGAAACUCCAUUCAUGCGAACUUAUUUUUUACCUACAUAAUGUCAGGCUUAUUGUGGAUCCUUACAUUGUCCGUGCAGAUAUCAAUGCGAACAGGAUUGGGAGGAUGCAUAGUGCUAGUGACAGCGUUUCAUUUUUUCACUUUGACAAAUUUCUUUUGGAUGCUUGUUGAAGGACUCUACUUAUAUAUGCUGGUCGUUAAGACCUUUUCAGGUGAUAACAUUCGAUUUACUAUCUAUGCGCUCAUAGGAUGGGGUGGGCCAGCUGUUUUUGUUACCAUUUGGUCGAUAGCAAAAGGUGUUACCACCUCAUACACAAGAGCAAAGAUCGAUAUUGGAUGUCCAUGGAUGCAUGAAACAGUUGUCGAUUGGAUAUUCCAGGGACCAGUUUGUGUGGUGCUUAUAAUGAAUUUAAUAUUUUUGUUGCGAAUAAUGUGGGUGCUCAUAACAAAAUUACGGUCUGCAAAUACCGUAGAGACACGGCAAUACCGAAAAGCAGCUAAAGCCCUACUCGUCCUUAUACCAUUAUUUGGUAUAACUUAUCUGGUUGUGCUGGCAGGGCCGAAUGAAAAAGGUGUUAUGAGCAAUAUAUUUGCCAUUAUUCGUGCCGUACUUCUCAGUACGCAGGGAUUUUCAGUUUCGUUAUUUUAUUGUUUUCUUAAUUCAGAAGUUCGAACUGCCUUGCGGCAUUAUAUAUCAAGGUGGCAAGAUGAACGCAAUAUUCGGAUAGGACAGCUCAGACAGAGCCGGAGAUUUACAACGAAAAGUAUUAGUCAAUCGAAGGACUACUCCCCAAGAACUAGAACUGAAAGCAUUAGUAUUAGACCACUGACAACAUAUUAUGGAAAAGGAAAGAGAGAAUCAAGCGUCUCCUCAGCAACCACUACAACACUAUUGGGUCAACAUCCGCCAAUGUCCCUACAACGAGGAUCCAAUGGAGCUCUGCAUAUGCUUCCAUCGCCCCGAGCAAUUAGUCCUUUAAUGAAGCAAGGACUUGAGGAAAAUGCUGUGUAACACACAAAAAAUUAAAAACAAAA